AAAUUGCCCCUCUGAAAUCCUCGCAGGCCUACGGUCUCGCGGUAUUGCGCUUCUCGUCUUCUCUAAUCCUCUUCUGCUCCCUCCACUACCAGUCCACCACCACCACUGCUACCAUCGGUUCCCCAAACCCUAGCCAAGGGACACGGUGGCCAGCGAUGGACGGCGACAGAGAAGGCGCUGCGGCGGUGCACCACCACGCGCGCUCCCCCGAGGACGUCUUCCGCGAUUUCCGCGCGCGCCGCGCCGGCAUCGUCAAGGCACUCACCACGGAUGUGGAGAAGUUCUAUCAGCAGUGCGAUCCAGAGAAAGAGAACUUGUGCCUUUAUGGUUUGCCAAAUGAGACUUGGGAGGUUACUCUUCCAGCUGAGGAAGUACCUCCUGAGCUUCCAGAACCAGCACUGGGCAUAAACUUUGCCCGUGAUGGAAUGGUUGAAAAAGACUGGUUGUCUCUAGUUGCAGUUCAUAGUGAUGCGUGGCUCCUGUCUGUUGCAUUCUACUUUGGAGCUCGCUUUGGAUUUGAUAAAGAUGCAAGGAGAAGGCUCUUCACCAUGAUUAAUAACCUGCCCACUGUUUAUGAAGUUGUGACCGGGGUUGCUAAGAAGCAAUCAAAAGCCCCCAACGGCAGCAGCAAAAGCAGCAAAUCUAACUCUAAACCAUCAAAACAGAUCAAUUCUAACAGUAAGCCUGUGAAGCCAGCCCACCCAAACGAAGAGGAGGAUAGCGGCCGUGAGGACGCAGAGGAGGACCAGGCGUACCUGUGUGGGUCCUGUGGGGAAAGCUAUGCGAAUGGGGAGUUCUGGAUCUGCUGCGAUAUCUGCGAGAAGUGGUUCCAUGGCAAGUGUGUCCGCAUCACCCCUGCAAAGGCAGAGCACAUCAAGCAGUACAAGUGUCCCAGCUGCAGCACCAAGCGGAGCCGGGAAUGACAGGCGCCCUGGGGCAGGACUCGCUCCCACUUGACGAAGCAUUUAGAAUCAUUAGGAGCAGUGAAAGUGUGAAACUGUGUCAUUAGAAUCACUUCCUCUGUUUAGUGGACCAGUGCGUGUGCUGGCUGUUGUAUUUUUCUCGUCGUGUGUUGUACACUGGUAGUAAUGGACAUGGUAGCUAGUGGUGACGUGUUGUGUUAGCAAGCAGGCUGACUGUUGUCAUCGUAGAGUCGGAUGAACUGCUGGAGUUUGGAAACACAUGUUCAGUAAUUCAGUGAUGUUUAGCGUGUA